AUGGAGAAGAUUGUGUUUUUUGAAGAUCAGGACUUCAAAGGAAAGUCCUAUGACUGCAAAGGGGACUCAGCAGACCUGCAUGGUUACAUCCGCCGAUGCAAUUCAGUGAAAGUAGAAGGUGGCUGGUGGGUUCUGUACGAGCGCAACAACUUCACCGGCUACCAAUAUGUCAUUGGUCCAGGGGAGUACAAUAAUUACGGCUCCUGGAUGGGAUUCAAUGACUGUGUAAGAUCCUGCAGGAUCAUCAGAAAUCCCAAAGGGCCCUACAAGCUGAUGCUGUAUGAACGACUUAACUUUGUUGGCCAAUCUCUGGAGCUGACAGAAAGCAUAAAGUCAGUCCAGGACAAAUGGCUCCGGCAAGAAGUCCAGUCCUGCAAGGUUCUAGAGGGGACCUGGGUGUUCUUUGAACACCCUAACUUCAGCGGGCGUCAGUACCUGCUGGAGAAAGGGGAGUACCAUCACUGCUCAGAGUGGGGAGCUCUGAAAGCAGUUGUAGGCUCCAUCAGAAGAAUCAUACAGGCUUAA